AUUUGUAAACAUUAUUUACCAUCGUUCACGCUGGAAAGAGUGACGUGCGAAGUGAACGCUUCAGUAUUGCUAUAAGUCAUGAAUGAUGAUUGUUAAUUGAGCCCUCUAAAAAUCUACUUAUUUGUAAAUAAUUUAUUAUGAAAUUAAUUAAAGCAAUUAAACGGUUUAGUUGUGCCCCACCUCUAAUAUUUAAUGUACAGUUUCAACAUGUUUUAAGUGAAUAUCAAGCGCGUCGUCAUAGUUACAGUGCUAUUGUCGGUUGCAUUCAGAAAUCUAACAAGGACUUUCACCCUAAUGUUAUAAAUAUACGAAAUUUAGGGCUUGGCCCAACUUCUAAAGACUUUGAAGAAUCCGCUCAGUUAUCAAGCCCUCUAACAAAAGUACACGCAACAGAACUUGUUCUACAUCUUAAAGAUGAGGAAAGAAAAAUAUUACUGAAUGCACUAAAAGAAUAUGAAUCAAACAUAAUUAAAGAAGAAUUUGAAGACAAAUUGGCUGGUCAGCGAUGGAGAAGUAAACUUGGCAGACCCAGCAAAGUACCGACAUUGGGUGAUGUAGACCCAACUGGUACCUACUGUCCUGUACCGGAAGAUUGGCUUAAAAAGAAAUAUGCGGCUACAGUACCUAAACCAACAACAAAGGAACUGAUACAUUUAUCAUUGGCAAACUCAAUACCUUUUAUUGGAUUCGGAUUCUUAGAUAAUUUUAUAAUGAUAAUUGCAGGAGACCGCAUCGAGAGUGGCAUGAGCGCUUACAUCACAUUGUCGACAAUGGCGGCGGCGGCUCUCGGUAACACUUUCAGUGACGUCAUCGGCAUCGGUUCAUCUUACUAUGUGGAGCGCGCGGCUGCCUUGCUGGGCUUCGCAGCUCCCGCCCUAUCACCCGUGCAGCUAGAUAUGCCCGUCAGUAGGAGAUUUGCUAACAUGGGCCGUGUCUUAGGAAUUACACUGGGCUGCUUCCUCGGGAUGAUCCCGCUUCUUUUUAAAGAGGACGAGAAGAAGGAGACUGUUCAACAGUGACCGUUUCGGCGCCUUCUUUUCGAUGUGAAAUAGAUUGAUAACUCAGUUUUAUACUAUAUUGUACUGAAAACUAUUUACCACUCGCCUUUCUUCUGUUUUGUAGUUUCUAAUGUAAGUUAUCGAAUGCGUAUGAGAUUUAUGAAUUUAAGUCAAAUAAUAAAAAAUAUUCUAUUUAGAUGAAGUUUUAGGCUUGCCUUAGAGUCGACAAUACUAAAUACUAGUCAUAAGUAUGAUUAUCAAAGCUUGAGCAAUUUAUUACUAAUAUAUUGUUUGACUGUAACUCGACAUAAAAUAUGUCUUUUUCUGUGCUGCUGUUAUAUAAUUUGUUUUUAUUAUAAUCAAUAACACAA